CGUCAGAGGGGUCGAGGCGGUGGAAGACAGCUGGCAGAAGUGCAACGUGGAGAAUUAGGGACGGGACAAAAAAAGGAUUGGAGUUUGGAGAGUGGGAAGGGGCGUCAAAAGAAAAGCUCAAAACUGCGUUUACCAGCCAGAGAGAGCCGUACGAUUGGAUUGGAUUUAGGGACGGGGGAAAUUAAGUUGGUUUGUUUGUGUGAUCAGAUCCAGACGGUGGUCGUAAUUUUGAACGCCGUCGUCGUCCGUGCGUGCAAACCGGAACAAGUUGCAGAAUGGGAGUUGCGGAUUCGGAGAUCAGACAGCGGUGGUGAGCAACUGCAGAACAGAAUACGCAGGUUGCGCACCUGAUGAUCGCCUUCGCCUGUAGGGAUGAAUUGAUGAAUUUGGCUUUUACAAAAAUACAACAACAAACAAAGACGUGAAACGGUCCAGAGGGAAAAGGGAAUCAACUUGCUUGGUGGAAACUCGGGAAAUGGAUUUCACGCCCUCAAUUAUUACAGACUAUAAUAUGCUCAAUUUGUUGCGAUUAGAUUAAUAAAUGAUUGGUUGGAUAAGGCUUAAGUUGUGUGUUGUCGGCAUUAAUAUUAAUAACUAUAUAUAUAAGGGCAUCCAAACCAAUAAAAACAGCUUCAAACGACACCGGACCAAACCUAUUAGACUCUUCGUAUAAGUUUUAAUCAUAGUAGUUGUCAUCCAAUUUGAUUGUGUCCUACCUCAUCCUCUUCAUUUACGUGUUAGAAGUGGCGGUGGUAAAACAAAAGAUUUCAAUCAGCGGAUUCAAAAAAAAAUAACUAACAGAUGACAUAUCAAUUAUUUUAGACUAACCAUUCCUUGUUGAUUGCUAGCCGGUUAGAUGGUUGACCAAAAAAUUAACAGACACCUAAUUUGGUUAUUGCUAAACCGACUAACAUACUCGGUACAGUUAAUGGUAGGCAAAGAUUGAUUAACGAUUAACCUCUAAUUGAAAAAAAAUGAUUACAACUAUAAUCGAAUCAAACCCAGAUAUUGACCAAGUAAGAAGUGGCCGAACCACCAGCUGACCAAACAGACGGAAAGCUCUUCGUCUUGUUUUCACCCCAUCUAAUCUCCAGGAACAAAAACUAAGCAACCCAGGAGCACUAUUACUAUGCUAAAUAGUAUUGGUGGUUUAAUGUACAAUUUGAAGUUGUACCACAACAUUAAAUGUAUAAGUUUGAGAUUUUUCUAGAAAUAGCACUGUUUAAAAAAAAAAUCCAAAAAUAGUACUCAACUCCGUAAAAUUCCAAAAAUAGCACACUUUCUGCAAAACCGCCACCCGUACUAGCAGUUUAGGCGAAAACCGCUCUCCGGGGACGCGUUUUUCGAUGAAAACUGCACUGGUAGGGGGCAGUUUUGCAAACCACAACCCCACCAUGGGGUCUGCUUUUUUUUUUUAAAUCCUAACCUAGGUGGAAACUUCAAACGAAAGUAUCUUUGUGUUCGGGUAUCCGAUCAUCGCAAUUUUUUUUAUUCCGCCUAACCUUUUGAGAUCUUGCAAGCCGAAGACUGCCGAAGGUGGUUUGAUCCCGCCUUCGUCCCAAAAAAUGUCGUUUCUACCCCGAACGAGCUUUUUUCCGAUUUUGUCAAACUUUGAACAACCAUAUUUUUGUGCUCCAAAAUCCAAGCGGUGUGAAUUUUUUUUUAUUUCACAUAAAUUUUUAAGGAAUACAACUUUUAUCAUAGACAGAAUUUCAAAAUGUACGUGGAUUGCUGAGAACAGAAGGUAAGCUAUUCCCAAAAUCCUGUAUAUCCAAAAAUAAUUCUGGUUUUGAAAAUUCAUUCCUAGUAAAUAUUGAAGUCCUUAAAAAGUUAUGCGAAAUAAAAAAAAUUCAUGUCGUUUGGAUUUUGGAGCACAAAGUUAUGGUUGUCCAAAGUUUGACGAAAUAGGAAAAAGCACGUUCGAGGUAGCAAACGACAUUUUUUGGGACGUAGGCCUUCGGCAGUCUUCGGCUUGCAAGAUCUCAAAAGGUUACGCGGAAUAAAAAAAAAUUCACCUAGGUUAGGAUUAAAAAAAAAAACAGACCGCAUGGUGGGGGUGCGGUUUUCAAAACCGCCCCCUACCAGUGCGGUUUUCAUCGAAAAACGCGUCCCCGGGAAGCGAUUUACGCCUAAACCGCUAGUACGGGUGGCGGUUUUGCAGAAAGGGUGCAAUUUUGGAAUUUUUCGGAGUUGUGUGCUAUUUUUGGAAUUGUUUUCCUGAAUAGUGCUAUUUAUGGAAAAAUACCUAUAAGUUUAGGUUGUCCCAUAAAGAAAUUUAUAUCAUUAUGUUAUGGUAUAACUUUACAACUUGAAGUUGUACCAUCACAUAAAGGUAAGUUGUACCAUAAAAAAAUUUGUACAAAAAGUAUAGGUACAAUCUGAAGUUGUCUUCCAUGCUCUACCUCUAGCUAACUGUGACGUGGUCAUUAUCAUUGUUUUUUGGGGCUUGGUUCUUCCUUCCUUUCAAUUUCAAUCUCUUUGGCGCUGAUUGUCUUUUGGGGAAGUAGAUGAACACUUACUGCUAUGAGUGAAUGGUGGGCAAACGCGGGAACCAGAUGUUGUUAGAGUGAAUCUAUUGGAGUUUAUUGGCUACCAAAUUGCCUGUGAGUUUAUGGAGUAUAUGCUCAAGUGUUUCGUGGAGAUAGAGAUUAGAGAGAAUAGUAGUUCAUCUUAGGUUCCUUGUCGUGAGGAACAAGCUGAGGAAGCCAUAAACCUUGCUUUGGAGUUCCAAUUGAGAGCAUCCCAGCAAUUGACUUUGUUGUAGUUUAGUUGUUUGUGUCCUCUGGGUUUUCUGCUUUGAGUAGCAUAAUAAGCAUUUGACUUUCUUUUUAAUUUACUUCUUUAUAAUCUUUUGACCCCAACGACAAUGGUUUGAGUAGUAUGCUAAAUUAUGUUGUUUUAUCUUGUGUGCAGUGCACCCUUUUGCUUGUAACUUGUACCCGUUGUAAUCAAUAUAUAUGAACGAAUUUGGAAUAUUAAUGCAAAAAGGACUUGAGUGAGUCCCUCCUUGAGUUGUGUUUGGAUGGAAGGAUCAACUUUGUAUAUUUUUCAUACUUGGAUUUUGUCAGAAUGGUCGUAGCUUUGCUUCUGGUUUUCUUGUUUGCGUGAUCGGAGAGCUUGAUGGGGAGCAGUCAGGUUUUGCUCAUGGCCAGGAACUUGCUAGCCAUGAAAUUCUUGGAAACCAAUUAAUUUAGAGAUGCGUUCAAGGGAAUGGUAGGGUAGUGUUGAAAAGUAACUAAGCCUAUUUAUAACCUUUGUUUGCUCUUAAUCUUCGGAUGAAAGCUGGACAUUGCCAAGUUGGUCACGGUACUAGUGGACCUGAAGCAAAACUACAAAAUAGUUCUUCACACAAAUGCUAGAUGAAUGUACUUAACUAAAGGUUUGCUUGUUAUAUAUAGUUCUUAUUAUUUGUCCAAGCUAAAGAGCCCUCUUGGAAAUGAUGCGAAAGAUGCCUCGGUAUGAAUGCCAGAUGCAAAAAGUUCAACACUCAGUCCAAUGUUGUUGAUCCAUUAGGACAGGAGAAAAAAACCAAUCACAAUCUCGAGAAAACUGUUUGCCCUUCCUUGUAAAGUUGAGAUCUUUAUACUCCAGGUGAAUCAGACAUGGAAUGGUCAAAAUCUAUUGUUUGCAGUCGUUAUGUUAUUAGUUGGUUGCUGCUAACCUUGUGCGAACAGAGUAUGGUAUCUAAUUUCGUUGGUCGGUUUUUACUCUUGGAGAGGAUUUUAGGUAUCACUGAUGAACCAUCUGAUAGAGCUCAUGGAUUCAUGUGCAGUAGUAAAUCUUUUCUAUAAAAUGAAAGCAAAAGAAAUAGCCAAGAAUGUAUUGUUGCUGCUGAUGUACAUCCUCUUAAGUUUGCACUGUACUCAAUUACUCAGGAGAUCUGAACCUUCCUUUUAUCAAGGAGACCAGUGAAUUUGACUUUUUUAUGAAUCAGAAUGUGGCUGAAGUGCUUUCUUACUAAUGAUCUUAAUGAGAAGCAGGUUUGGUGUUAUUUGCUAUUUAUCUUGAAUUUGAUUUCUGUAUCAUUCAAUACACUUUACAUAGUGGUCAUAUAUAUUUAGGCCUAUUACACUCAAAUUGAAAUAUAGAAGGUUACAUAAAUUCUAGUUGGAAGCUGCAGAAUUAUCCAAUAUUCAUAAACCAUGAAGGAACAAAAGGAAGGGGAAUAAACAAAAUGAAGAAGAGCCAAUUCAAGUUCUUGCUCACUUCCAACAUGACUACCACAUAACAAUAAAAACAUGAAGCUGUCAUUAGUUUGUUCAGCUGCAUCACACAAUAACAAAAAAGACAAAAAAAUUAAACUCUUAUUAGUUUGUUCAGCUGCAGCAUGCUACCACAAGAUGAAUGAGUGAACUGGCUACUUUCGUGGACUGACAAGGCUGUAAUCCUCUACCACCUCAAAAACUCCUCAUAAAUUACAGCAUUCCCCAUAAUGGAACAUACAAAUGCACAAGAUGAAAGAGGGAAGAAGAGACAAAGAGCAGAAAAGUGACGAAUGCACACAAUCCCCUGCUGCUCUCUAAACCCAGAAAUACAAAGGGAAACAUUUAAACCGACCCUCUAUUGCAGCAACCAUGAAAACUACAAACGCAACAGGGAAUUAAAACAACGACAACCUUUCGAUUUGAUGGCCAAAGUCACUCUGCAUUGCUUAGAAAUUGGUUUCAGCGAUUGAAAUAGGGGACGUUGAAAACUGAGGAGCAGGACGCGAAGGGAAAGACAACUCUCGGAUUGGGAUCGUCUGCAACCUUGUCGACGACACUGUUCGGUAGAGACAGAGGCCCACGAAGAAGUCGGAUUCCUUCGGCUCUAUUUUACAUAAUAAAUGUAGGAGGAAACAAAUGUACACCCUGGAGAGGGAGAUUGAGGAAGUUGGCUUUGGUUCGUUUGGUCGAUCCCUGUUUUUUUGUUUUAAGAUUCUGGGAAAAACAAAACUAAUAUCAGUCAAAACUCAAAAGGCUCAUAUUAAUUUACUUUAUUAUUAAUUAAUAAAGUGACGGGAGUUGGCCGUUAGUUUGGGAGAGGUCGGUUGGGCUACUGUAAUGGACCACCGAGUUUGGAUCAAUAUUCAUUAAACCAACCCAGUCCGCCACAUCUGCUCCACUUGGACGAAUAAAAAACAGCGUCAUUGGUGGUGCCACACUUUUUACCGCGACACCGUAGUAUUGGCCUAUUGAGACUGGCGGGUGGCAUUCGGCAGUCAUUGCCCCUUCCUACAUCAGCCAUCAGGGCUAUGUAGAUUGGGCUUGGAUUGACCAUGACAGGCCCAUCGAACUUUGAUAUACACUGUCAAGUGUCAAUAAGGUGCAAAAUGCAAACUCCGUCAUCAGCAGCAGUGCCAGUCAGCACCGAGACAACCUGUAGUAAUUAAUUAGUAAAGCAAGCAGCUGGGUUCUUAGUUCUUACUGCCAAACUCGUAGACUAACUUACCCAUAAACUCACAUUCCAUCUCCACUGGACUGGACUUGCUUCCAGUGGCAGGCAGAGCUCAAGCAGAUGUACCAUGGCUGCAAUCGCACCCAUUCCGCUACUUCCGCCGCCGCCGUCGCCCUCCACAACCCGACCGCCUUCUGCACUUCUCCUCCGACUGCCACCUGGUAUCUCUCCACCUCUCUCCUUAUCCACUCCUAACCUCUCCAUCGCCACCAACUGCAAAUUCCUCUCCCAUUCGAAAUCCCACCGCCGGAGUCCCCAAAUUUGGAGGACCCUCGCCGCCGCCCAAGAUGCUGCUACCCUUCCACCGCCGGCUGACAUAGUCGCCCCGCUCGACGCCGCCCAGGAGAUUGUUUCCGACGACGGAGUCAGCACCAUCAUCUCCACCCUUCUACUCAUCGCUUUUGUUGCUCUCUCUGUUCUCACUGUUGGGGUGAUUUACAUAGCAGUCACAGAUUUCCUGCAGAAGAGGGAGAAGGACAAGUUUGACAAGGAAGAAGCAGCCAAGAAGAAGAGAGGUGGGAAGGGCAAGAAGGUCAAGGCCAGAGCAAGAGCUGGUCCUAGAGGUUUCGGCCAGAAGAUCGAUACUGAAGAUGAAUUUGCUGAUGACGAUUAGCAUAAUUUUUUACCCUUUGCACAUGUUAUGGAUUGAUUGAUGUACUUUCCUGAUACUCAAUUCGAUUUCGAAUACCAUCAAACCCACAGUCUCAUGCUGCUGGAUUCAACAACGUUGUAGUUUCCAGAUGCGAAUUUCGACGACUGAGAUGCAAAAUGCCGGAAGUAGAUAUGAAGAAGAUAGAAAAUAGGGAUACAUUGCCAUUGAAAGAGCGAAGAAAACUGCACUAGGCCUCGAGACUAAACAUUAACAGCUCUC